CCCGCCAAUAGGACAGUUUACAGUAUCCUUUAGUGGCCAAUCACAGCAAGGAGGCGCGAUUUGACAAGACACAGCCCCAUGUCAACAAGCAAGAUGGCGGCGCGCAUCGGAGUUCUGCGUGUAAACUUAGUCCAUUUAAAGACUUUUUGGCCGUGUGUAAGGAGAUGUUCGACGCGGCCACACGCACCGGUUCGCGAGGAUUUUUCAGCCAAACGUGUACGACGGACAUUUGUGGAUUUUUUCAAGCAGGAAUAUGGACACAGGGUUGUUCCAUCCUCACCGGUCCGGCCCAGAGGAGACCCGAGUCUACUGUUCGUCAACGCCGGGAUGAAUCAGUUUAAGCCCUUGCUGCUGGGCUGUGCUGACCCACGCAGUGAGAUGGCCUCGUACCGGCGUGUGGUGAACAGUCAGAAGUGUGUACGCGCUGGUGGAAAACACAACGAUCUAGAGGACGUGGGCCGAGACGUGUACCAUCACACCUUCUUUGAGAUGCUGGGCAACUGGUCGUUCGGAGACUACUUCAAGGUAGAAGCUUGCGCGAUGGCCUGGCGCUUGCUAACAGAAGCGUACCGGAUCCCUGCCGAGCGUCUCUACGUGUCCUGUUUCUCCGGCGACGAGGCGAGCGGCCUGCCUGAGGACAAAGAGACGCAACAGAUCUGGCUUAGCCUCGGCGUGCAUCCGGAUCGCAUCCUUCCAUUCGGGAUGAAGGAUAAUUUCUGGGAGAUGGGCGAGACAGGGCCGUGUGGCCCGUGCACCGAGAUCCACUAUGACCACGUGGGCGAUCGGAACGCCGGCAAGCUCGUCAAUGCAGACAGUCCAGAUGUGGUGGAGAUCUGGAAUUUGGUGUUCAUGCAGUACAACAGGGAGGGUGAUGGAAGCCUGCGUCCUCUCCCCCAGUGCAGUGUGGAUACUGGAAUGGGACUGGAGAGACUCGUGACUGUGCUGCAAGGGAAACGCUCCAACUAUGAUACAGACCUGUUCACACCGCUACUGUCUGCCAUCCAUGAGUGCAGUAAAGUUGGUGCUUAUUCAGGACGGACUGGCGAGGCUGACCGAAACCGCGUGGACAUGGCGUACCGCGUGGUGGCUGACCACAUUCGCACUCUGUGUGUGUGCAUCGCAGAUGGGGUGUAUCCUGGGAUGACCGGGGCAGAGCUGGUUUUGCGACGCAUCCUGCGCCGAGCAGUGCGCUUCUCCACUGAGGUGUUGCAGGCUCACGAGGGAGCACUGGCGAGCCUGGUGCCCACCGUAGCCCACAUCCUGGGCGACGCUUAUCCUGAGCUGCAUACGGAAACUGACAGGAUCAUGGAAAUCAUUAAUGUCAACGAGGUGCAGUUUCUCUCCUCCCUCAAGCAGGGACGCAGAGUCAUCGAAAGGACGCUGAAUAAGAUGGACGGGAACACUGUCAUAUUUCCAGCCGCUGUGGCCUGGUCCCUGCACAGGAACCUGGGUUUCCCGCUCGACCUCAUCGACCUGAUGCUGGAGGAGCGCGGCAUGUCCGUGGACAAGCCCGGAGUGGAGCGGCUCUCGGCCGAACAUGACGAGUUACAGAGUCGGUCUGAAGGAGACGCCGGAGAGCGAGGACUCCAUUCUGACUUGCAGAGUCUCUCAGAGCUGCAGAGCAGAGGAAUUCCUCACACGGAUGACUCGCCGAAGUACAGCUACGUCCUGCAGCAAGGCGGCUCUUACGCAUUCCCUCCAUGCAGAGCCUCAGUGUUGGCGCUGUACAGCGAUCAGGGUUUGGUGUCCGAGGUCACGGAGGGUCAGCGAUGUUCUGUGCUGCUCGACCGAACUUGCUUCUACGCCGAGCAGGGCGGCCAGACACAUGACACCGGCUACUUCACCAAAGAUGGGUUACAGGAUGUGCUGUUCCCAGUCGAGUGUGUACGUGUGGCUGGGGGCUACAUCGUGCACGAGGUCACUGCAGCUGACACUCUGAAAAUCGGAGGCCAGUUAGAGCUUCACGUGGAUGAGGCUCAGCGCCUGGCCUGCAUGGUGAAACACACUGCCACUCAUGUGCUCAACUUUGCCCUGCGAGAGCUGCUGGGGUCAGAAGUCGUGCAGAGAGGUUCGCACGUCACCGCAGACCGACUACGCUUCGACUUCAGCUCCAAGGCCUCUCUGAGUGUAUCACAGUUGCAGGAAGUAGAGCACAUGAUCCAGACCAUCAUCCAACAGAACGACGUGGUCCACACAAAGGAAGUGCCUUUAGCACAAGCCAAUCAGAUUGCAGGACUGAGGAUGGUUGAUGAGGUGUAUCCUGAUCCGGUUCGGGUCGUGUCCCUGGGGGUCCCCGUAUCCAAGCUGCUCAGUGGCGACGCACACAAACGCACCUCAGUGGAACUCUGCUGUGGAACGCAUUUGUUGCGGACCGGAGGAAUCCAGGACCUCGUGAUCGUCUCUGAGCGGCAGAUGGUGAAGGGAAUCAGCCGCAUCGUAGCUGUGACUGGAGACGACGCCAAAAAUGCUCGGGAGGCAGGGCAAGCGCUGCUGGAGGAGGUGGACUCUCUUGCGGCUCGCAUCACUGCUGGCCCCGCCCACUCUCUACCAACUGCUUUAAGGCUCUCAAAAGAAGUCGGCCUCCUGACGGAUGCUGUAGAGAGCACUCCUAUUCCACAGUGGCAGAGAAGAGAGAUCCAGACUCGGCUAAAGGCUUUACAGAGGAGCACCAACACCAUCAUCCGCAAACUGGAGCUCAAAGAGGCUGCUGCCAAGGCACAGGUACUGUUGGGCAGACACUCUGAUAAAGCCGUGCUGGUGGACACGCUGGACACUGACUCCAUAUCUGUGGUGAUGAAGACUGUAAACCAGCUGAGCGAGCGCACUCCACACACUCUAGUCAUGCUCCUGUCUCACCUUCAGCCAUCAGGGAAAGUGCUGUGUGCAUGUCAGGUGCCUAAGGGUCAGACUGCCAUCUCUGCAAGUGAAUGGGCUCUUGCUGUUUGUAGCCGUCUGGGAGGGAAUGCAGGCGGCUCGGCGACUGUUGCUAAGGGGGUCGGCAUAGCGACCGACUCAUCCAGCCUUCAGGACACAUUACGCUGGGCGGAGGAGUUUGCAAACGGCAAACGAUAAAGCACACACACACACGUUUUGUGAAUCAUGGACUGUGUUUUUAGGUACUUAGGUUAUAGGAUAAAAAACUGUGGUGAGUCUUAACAAAGAAUUAACAAUGGGACCGGGUGUAUGACGUGGCCUGAUGUGGAACGGAGUUAUUUCUCUUAUAACAGCACAUCCUUAAGGGUUUUAUUUUUAGUCCUCUUAUACCACAGCAAUUAAAAAUUGUAAUUUAUUUUUAAAAUCCAUUUCUAGUUGUGAAUACACAUGAAACAAGACGGUUCCUCUUACUGGUAAUGUUCUAGCAGGUCAUUCCUUCACCUGCCACAGUGCAAACUUGUCUGUCCUGAAGACCCCCCUGUGCCAGAAAGCUCAAUCACUGACACUGGAGACUCCUUCCAUAAACAGACUUUAUUUGCAGUACUUUGUGGUGUCAUGUGUAUGAAAUGAGCUUUACUGCUGGAGGAAAUUAGACCCAUACCUUCUGAUCAAUCAGAAUGAAGACAGUGCUGUGGUAUAAACUGUAUUGAUGUACACUAUAGAAAACAUGCACCGCUUGACCAUACGCCUUUGUUUUAAAAGGCCUGCGCUUAUCUAUCCUCAUGGGGUUUACUGGGUUUUGUAUAUCUUAUGAGUAUCUGUUAAAUUAUUUUCCUGAUCUCUAGGAAUUUUGUUCAUUAUGUAAAUAUAAUAGACAGCUGAACAAAUAAACUAGAUAUGGUAAUAUA